AUGAAUCCACAAGUUUACAUUAUAUCCGGUUCAGCAAAAAUUGUUGUUUUGGCAUUAAAAACAUGUAAUUAUCGUUCAUUAGAAAAUCUACCACCAAAAAUUUUUGCAUAUCAUGCAUGCUGGGGAUGUUAUAUUUAUAAUAGACCAGAUAUUUUUGUUAAUAAUACACCUGUAAUGGCAAUAACUUGUCCAGUUAUACAAGAAUCGAAAAUAUUUGAAGUUCCAGGAAUAAAAACUGAAAUGAAAUGUGUUCCAUUUCAUUAUAGUCAUGUUGAAAUUGAUUUACUCAUAAGUAAAAGUUUCAAAUGGAAAGAUAGUGUUGAAAAAUGGAUUAGUUGUAGUAAAGAUGCAGAAAAAUGUUGUCACAAUGUAAUGUUUAAUGAAAAUGAAGAAAGUGACAAAUGUAAAGGGACAUGGGAUGGAUGGACUUGUUUUGAAUCUACAAAAGCUGGAACUGUAAAUACAAAAGUUUGUUCACAAUAUGCGUAUACAAAUCAACCACCUCGAUGUCAUCAUUUUUGUCAUAAAUUAUGUUUUGAGAAUGGAACAUGGCAAGCACAUACAAAUUAUGCAACAUGUGAUGUUACACCAACAUUCUUAUUUCGUCUUAAAUGGAAUUUAGGAACAUUAGCAACAUCAGCAAUAUUUUGUGUUCCAGCUGCAUUUAUUUUAUUAAUUUUUCGUGAUUUAAAAGCACCAAAAUUAAAAAUGAUACGAAAUUUAAUAUUAUCAAUUAUUUUACAUAAUAUUUUAUUACUUUUAGUUAAAAUAAUUAUAAUAUAUGAUGAAUUAACAACACCAGAACAUAAUACAGUAAUGUCAAAUAAUAGAUGGCCAUGUAAACUUUUAACAUUUUUAGAAAAAUUAAGUGGAAAUUUUGUUUUUACAUUUAUGUUAUUUCAAGCAAUAUAUUUACAUCAAUUAUUAACAAAUCCAUUUAAAUUUCGACGUAUUGGUGAUACACAAUUAAUAACAUUACAAUUUUGUGGAAUAUUUCUAUCAUCAAUAUUUGUAUUUGGUUGGGCAAUUGCAAUGGUUCUAUAUAAUGAUGAUAAUUGUUGGCAAGUAACUGAUGGUACAAUGUUAAGUUGGCUUAUAAAUAUACCAAGAUUAAUAAUGCUUAUUAUAAAUUUAUUAUUAUUAAUACAUAUUGUAUGGACAUUAUGGAGUGCAUUUAAAAGUAGAGAAGGUGAACUACAACCAAAUUUGCGUACAGUCAAAGUUAGCCUUUUAUGUUUACCAUUAUUCGGUAUACCAUUCCUUUUUAUGGUCGUUCAUCCAUAUUCAGAAAGUUGUGAAUUAUUGCAUUUUUAUUAUAUAAGCAUGUAUUUAAUUGAAGGUGCACAAGGUAUUUUAAUAGCAAUAUUUCACUGUUAUACUGAAAAAGAGAUCCCACAAAUUACGAUUAUUUUCGAUGAGAUAGCAAUGUAUAUUAAAACCAAUUUUUUAUCGAAUAUAGCAGCAUAA